UCCGGACUCCGGUGUUUUUCAUAAUAAUAGUUGCUGAGGUUAACCGAGUGAGCUUCACUUUGUAAAGAAAUGAAUAAAAUACUGACUUCAUCAAUUAAAAAAGUGUCCAAAAAAAUCCAAUCGAAAGAAUUGAAACCGUCAGAUCUUCACAGAGCAUCAUGCAAGUUAAUCUCUUCAACAAAACCCCUCAACGCCUACAUUCAUACCACAGAAGACAUCGGAAAACAACAGACAGAAGCUUCAGAUACUCGACAAUGCGAAGACAAGUUAUUAGGAAAUCUCGAUGGAAUUCCAAUAGCAAUAAAGGAUAAUUUUUGUGUUGAGGGUGUGCCCACGACUUGUGCUUCUCUGAUGCUCGCCAAUUUUGUCCCAGGGUAUUCAGCCACAGUUUAUGAAAGGUUAAAGAGUAAUGGGGUUGUACUUAUGGGGAAAACAAAUCUUGAUCAGUUUGCAAUGGGUGCAGGAACUGUUGACUCUCACUUCGGUUUCACAAGGAAUGUUUGGGGCUCAGAGAUCAUGAAAAAUUACACGUCCAACAGCCUAGCUAGUCCCGACAUCAAGCAGAAUAGUACAAAUGAUGAUUGGUACAUUGCAGGAGGAAGUAGUGGAGGUUCAGCAAUAGCAGUAGCCACGGGCACCUGUUUCGCAGCCCUGGGUUCAGACACGGGUGGUUCCACUCGUAAUCCCGCCUCCUACUGUGGUUUGAUAGGCUUCAAACCCAGUUAUGGCUUAGUAUCUCGUCAUGGACUCAUUCCUCUGGUAAACUCCAUGGAUGUACCUGGGAUUCUCACCAGGCACGUUGAAGACUGCAUUGAAAUACUAAACUGCAUUGCAGGUCCUGAUGUGAAGGACUCAACAACUGUUGAUCAAGCCUUCAAACCCAUAAAUGUGUCCCCUCCUAAUCUCAGAGGCCUGCGAAUCGGUAUUCCCAAGGAGUACUCCCCUCCAGAGCUUGACGAAGAAGUCUUAACCUGCUGGAAGAAAGUCACCAAUUUAUUAGAAGAAGCGGGGGCCACUAUAGUAUCAGUAUCCCUCCCCCACACAGAACAUUCAAUUGUCUGUUACUCAGUCUUAAAUCAGUGCGAGGUAGCCAGCAACAUGGCGAGGUACGAUGGUUUAGAAUACGGUCUUAGACCUAAUGAGAUGUCAUCUACCGAACAAUUGUACGCUAAAGCACGAAGCAUGGGCUUUAAUGACGUCGUGAGGAGUCGAAUCCUCACAGGAAACUACUUCUUACUCUCUGAGAAUUAUGACGACUAUUUCGUAAAAGCCAUGAAGCUUCGUAGAUUAAUCUCUGAAGAUUUUGACAGAGUUUGGGAGGAGAAUGUUGAUGUUUUGUUGACCCCAACGACUUUGAGUGAUGCCCCCAGUUUCAAUGAGUUUACUAGGCAGGAUAAUCAGACCCAGUGCUCAAUUCAAGACUACUGUACCCAACCAGCGAACAUGGCGGGAAUCCCAGCAAUUAAUUUGCCUAUUACUGUAUCCUCGAGGGGUCUACCGCUUUCUUUGCAGUUCAUGACUUCUUUUUUUAACGACGAGAGGUUAUUCGGGCUCGCCAAAUGGAUCGAAGAUGCUGUGCAAUUUCCGGGAUUGCAGCUGAUGAAUUCAGAGUUGCUGGAAUAAUAAUUUUUCUUUGUAUAUUUCUGAAGUGAUGUGAGUCAGAGGAGGAAAUUAGUUGAAAAUUUCAAUUCAAAUUAUGCGCCAAAUACCUUCAGAAAACAAUGGGUUUAUAGUGAAGUAUUAAGAAACCUAUUUGAUGUAUUCCACGCCGAAUGAGGCAAGUCGAAGUCAUUUUGGAGUGCUUUAACCAAAUUUGGGAAAUUUCGAAAAGAAAAAAUUAAAAAUUAAAUAGAUCUAGAAGGAUGCCCAACUUAAAUUAGAAUACUCAAAAUACUUGUUUUGAUUAUAAGUAUUACUGAAAACAUUUUUUUCAGCCGUGACGUAAUUCAAAAAUUCAAGUUUUCUCGACAAUUCGUUACUAUGAGCCUCUAGAAAUCGAAAAAAAAAUAGUUACUAAGAAUAUUAGUAUAGGCGGUAACAAAUGGAAAAUGUUGACGCUUAAUCAAUCAAAAUCGGACAAAUCGAACUCGAGUUAUUGGAAAAAAACGGAAAAAUGAAAAAAAAAUCGUACC